CCAGAUUAUUUCGAACGCUCCUACCCUGGAGGCUGGUUCACCUACGGAGCUAUUUUCGACUCGCGCGUAGAAGCGUCCGAUCUGCCGUCUUUAAUCUCCUCGCGCACGGGCACCCACGCGCCGGCUUUCAUAAGCGCGUACGCCGUCACGUCCCCUCGCCCGCUCGUCUUCUUCUCCAUCCUCUGGCAACCCAACUCCAAAUCCUUUGGCUGGGCGGUGCUAUUCAAUCUCGACGGUCCAAUGUUCCAAGAUGCUCUCCACCGUCAGAUCGCGUCGGGCUUUAAGCCUGUGCAGGUGGAGAGCUACUACGUGUCGGACGACGUGAGGCCGUACUACCACGAGAUCUACUACUCUGCCAUCUUCCUUGCUGACGUGGCGUGGCCAGCUGGCAGCUCCAUGUGGGUGGAGGCGGCGUUUGGCAUGCCGCACGACGCGAGCUACUGCUGUGGUCCCACCUCCCGGUGGUGGCGCCUGCAGCGACAGGGAUUCAGCCCCCUCAGCGUAUCCCUCACAGAGGACCCGGCUGCUCUCACCGUGUAUGUGGCGGACGUGUGGAGCAGCCCUCCCUCGUCUGGCGGGUGGCUGGGCGGAGUUGCAAUGACAGAGGCAGAGCUACAGCAGGCACUGGCGCAGUUGCCGCCUCCCCUGGUUCCCACCUUCCUCAAGGCGUACACGGUUGGGAUGCAGGUGGGGAUGAGAGGGUUAAAAUUGCAGGAGAGGAUGGGAGUGACAGAGCUAGCAGGUGAGAAGUUUGUGCCGCCCAAGUGUGGGGAGCAAGGGAAAAGCGCAACUGAUGAUGUUGGGGUGGUGGGGGAGAGGGGAUCAUGGGAAAGAUACACUGUGCUGUGGCAGACUGAUGGGGUUGGGGGGAGGUUGGAGGGGAGGGGAGCAUGGGAAGUUUCUAGUCUUUUCCCUUCGCGCUCCGUUUCUCGCGCGCCGGUUUCGAUGGAUUCCCGCGCCGCCAACAUUCUCGCAGCGCUCUUCUCUCUUACGCUCCUCGCGGCGGUCCUUCCUUGGCAGGUGUCCUCAUCCCUCGCGUUCCGCGGCGGGUUCGGCGCGGAUUUCCACCUCGGAGGCCCCGUCGCCGCCGCUGACGGGGCAUUCCCUGGGGUGGGCAAUGGUGUUCAACCCCUCAACGGCCAGCAGUACCAGGACGCUCUGCACUGGGGUGGGCGAUGGUGUCCAACCCCUCAACGGCCAGCAGUACCAGGACGCUCUGCAUUGGGGUGGGUGAUGGUGUUCAACCUCAACGGCCAGCAGUACCAGGAUGCUCUGCGCCAUUACAUCUCCUCGGGCUACAAGCCCUCUCAGGUGGAGAGCUACUAUGUGGCGGACCACCACGGGCUGUACUACGCCUCCAUAUUCCUUGCUGACGUGGCAUGGCCAGCUGGCAGCAGCACACGGGUGGAGGCGGUGUUCGGCGUCCCUCACGACUCCUCCUACUGCUGUGGGCCCUCCUCAAGAUGGCUGCAGCUGCAGCGACAGGGCUACACUCCUUUGAGUGUAUCGUUCACAGAAGACCCUUCCUCUCAGAGAGUAUACGUGGCCGAUGUGUGGAACGAUGCGCCCAGCAGGGGGGGCUGGCAGGGCGGGGUGGCCAAGACACAGGCGCAGCUGCAGCAGGCGCUGACCCAGUUGCUGCCUCCCCUCGUUCCCACCUUCCUCAAGGCGUACACCGUUGGCUAUCAGGUCUUCUAUGCAUACAUCGCCCGGGCUGCAUCCUCCUCGCCUCCCCGCUCCACCCUCACAACGGACGUCAGCCGCGGCGCCAUUGACCUGCUCUCUCGCUCGCUCAAGCACCCACCUCUCCUUCUCUCCCCUCCUGCUCUUAUUGUUCCGUUUUUCUUCACAGGUCUUCUAUGCAUACAUUGCUCGGGCCAGCCCAUCAACACCUCCCCGCUCCACCCUCACAACGGACGUCAGCCGCAGUGCUUUUGA